AUGUCAUAUACCGCAUGUCUCCACAGCCCCGAUCAUUGUCUCAACGACAAUGUAUCUGUUGGCUCUAGCUCUAGCUCCUCCUUCACCACUGCAUAUCCAUCUCUCGGACCUUCACUCCAGCUACGCCGCGUUAAGACGGUUUCACAACUCACAAGGUGGGCAUCAAAGAGGCUGUCCCGAUCAUCCCUCAGAGGUAUCGCCGACGGAACAGAGCUGAGCGAAAAGAACCUCAACAAUCUUAACCUUGCGAUAACAACGAGCGCGGAUAAUACUUCCGAGACCAACGAGAGCUUUAAUUCGGCCAGGCGCUUGCUGCCUAAGUCUCCAACCAGAGCAUCCAAAGCAAUCAACACAAUCGCAGAGGACUUGGAGUCAUCACCAGACCAAACACCCGAGAAAGCACAAGACAUCCGACUGCGCGAUUCCUAUUCGGCCUUUUGUGAGCAAUUCACUACGUCAGGGCCACAGAGGCCGAAAAGAAAGUUCGAUAUCUCCAUGGAUAUGCUCGAGGCAGAACAGGACUAUCUAGCCGACGCACAGCCCAGAGUCGGUUGUACCGACUCGUCCAACAAUGACCAGAAGGAACCAGCCCCCGAAGAUCAACAAAUCGGUUCCAAAGCUUUGAACGGAAUUAUACAAGACAGAACAAGGUCAUAUGAAAACAUCUACUUUGGCCAAGACAAUACCCCUGCAAUCAUUCACCCUCGGCCACCACCCCAUAUCAUGACACCAUUAGUAUAUCAAGACAUGCAGCGCGUUGCACUUGAGCGUAAGCUAGCACGAAGACAGAAAGUACUGGGACCCAUCAGGUCUUUGUUUUCGAAGGGGCAGCCGUUACGAGGACAACGGUUGGAUAUCGAGACAUGA